CUUGCGAACGGCUGCCGCACUUUCGCCACAUUCGAUAUAAUCCACAUGAUGUUUAGUCGCAUAUCCUUGCAAGCUGUUUAUGCGCUCCAAAAUGGCGCUAUGUUUACGUCCGUGUGUUGUUGUUUAAUACUCAUAAGCUAGCCUCAUGGAGAGUUUUAGCCAUUUAAUUCACAUUUACUCAACAUUUCACCGACGAGAACGCUGCCUACAGCCACGACGCCAUACAUUCGACUUUUACGUUGCAUUGAAGUAUGCAGGCUGAGGCAACAGAUUCGUCCCUACGACAGGGCAUCGAGGCUCUGGGUGUAAAGGACGAAGAAAAUAAAAAUGAAGCCUGCAAACAGAAAGAAGAAACCGGAGAGAAACAGGAUGCUGAGAUGCCAGCUAUUGCAGAGGAAGACGGGUCAAGCAAGGAUGAAAAAGCACAAGAAACAGGGGGGCUAGAGGGUGAUGCACACACAAUAGCGCUUCAAACAGACGCAUCACUUGUGGAAGAAGGAGGGACGCGCAAUGCAGACAAGGACAGCGAAUGGGAGCUGGUUUACAGCGACGAGGAAAUGGAGGACCCCAAAAACUGGAUGCCCCCUCCCGCCGAGAUCAAGAGACUCUAUGAGCUACUGGAUAAAGGCGAGAUGCUGGAGCUCAACUUUGUGCCUCUUCCCAGGAGGCCGCCCACGCCCGAACGCACCCUGUCACCCGAGAGGGAGGAUGAUGAGGAUGCAGAGGAGGAAAAGGAGAGGGAGCGGAAGCCGCCGACUCCAACGGAGUUUGAUUUUAAUGAGGAGCAAAUGCAAACGACCCCGAAAAAUUCCUUCAUAAACAGACGCAGAACACCAGGCUCAUCCGCUCGCUCCUCCGUCAAACGGGAGGCGAGGCUGGACAAGGUGCUAUCAGACAUGAAGCGACACCGCAAAAUCGAGGAGCAUAUCCGGCGCACGGGGCGGGAUCUCUUCAAAAGCGAGAAGAAGCUGGAGGAGGCGCUGUCGCCCAAUAGCCAGAAGGAGCGUGACAAGGAGCGGGAGCGAGACAGCAACCCCAACACCAUCUUCUCCCCCAGGCAGAGGAGAUAUUGAACUGUACUGAGCAGGCUCUUUUUCUAGUCUAAACUUGACUUUUUUGUAAAUGUAACAAUAUUUGUAUGUUUUUUAUGUCUGUUUUGUAUUAUGGCAAUAAACAUGCUAACUCAA